AUGCGCUUUUUCUCCCUCGCUAUCUUGAGUCUGGCCUCUGUCGCCGUCGCCGAUCUCAAAACCUGGAACGACGUGGUGGGCGACGUGCCCCAGUGCAUCAAGACUUGUCUUAACGACUUCUACAACACCGCCGGCCUCAAGGACAAGUGUGGAAGCGCUGAUAAAGCCAAUGUUGACUGUCUCUGUGGCGUUGGGGGUUCAGUUUCGGAUUACCAGGACGAUGCCUCGCACCUGAGCACAUGUAUCCAAGAUGGCUGCGACACCAAUGAAAUCAUGGACGCUUCUACAAAGCUCGAGGGUUUCAUGCAGCGAUUCGAGAGCCUCGAUAAUCAGUGCGCUAAGAAAGGCUCCUCCAACGGUGCUAGCUCGGUGGUCCCAGGAUUUAAUGUAAUGCUCGCUUCUGGGGCUCUGCUUCUGGUGGGCGCGGCCCUUUGA